AUCUGUUUUGCAUUAGAGAAGUGAGCUAGCCUCUUGCUACAAAUAAAGCGGAGAAGCUACCAAGCUAACUAUACAAAAUCUGAAGUGGAAUAUUCAGGGCGAAAAUGGCCUCUCUCGGGGAACCUGUGCGACUAGAAAGAGACAUUUCUCGUGCCGUCGAGCUGUUGGACAAACUCCAGAGAACGGGAGAAGUGCCACCUCAGAAACUGCAGGCCCUACAGAGGGUUUUGCAAAGUGAAUUCUGCAGCGCUGUACGAGAGGUUUAUGAACAUGUGUAUGAGACAGUGGACAUUAACAGCAGCCCGGAAGUCAGAGCCAAUGCCACAGCGAAGGCCACAGUGGCUGCAUUUGCUGCCAGUGAGGGACACUCACACCCUCGUGUAGUGGAGCUCCCUAAGACUGAGGAGGGUCUGGGCUUUAACAUCAUGGGAGGAAAGGAGCAGAACUCGCCCAUCUACAUUUCCCGAAUCAUCCCCGGUGGCAUUGCUGACCGCCACGGUGGCCUCAAGAGGGGGGACCAGCUGCUAUCUGUCAACGGAGUGAGCGUGGAGGGGGAGCACCAUGAGAAAGCAGUGGAGCUCUUAAAGGCGGCACAGGGCACAGUCAAACUCGUGGUCCGGUACACCCCUAAAGUGCUGGAAGAGAUGGAGUCUAGGUUUGAAAAGAUGCGAUCUGCUAAACGCCGCCAACAGAACAACUACCCACAGCAAUCAACACCCCCUUAAACAAGAGGCGACGGCAUACAAAAUGUUGGUAUGAUGACGCGUGGCUGAGUGGCUCCAGGUGGCAAGAAUGGAGCAGUCAAAAGAAAGGUCGCCCUGACAGCAGCAUGCACAAAGCACCUCAACUCUGACCCCCUGCUACUGACACCCAAAAUAAACUUUGGAC